AUUUGUUGAGUGACAACCGUAGCUGGUGGCCCACAGACCUCAGCAAGGGCUUUCAGCGACUAGAACCAGUCUGCUUUUAAGUGGAAAGAGAGUCAUUUAUAUAAACAUUAAUCUUACCGUUAACGGUACUACGUGCUAUCCGCAAAAGCUGCAGCCGGCCCGAAAACGUCAUCGCCACAGAUAUCAGCAGCAAAAUGGAAACAAAUUGGUAGCCGCGACUGGCCGCGACCACUUUCAGGUUCCGUAUUUAGUGACCUUCGCGCCUGUCGUGGUGGGCCUCAAAAUUGUCGAAACAGGAGCUCUGACCUAGACUCGAUCCAUUCCGCAUCUACCAUGAAGUGGUGGCCGGUGCUUCUUUUUGUGUGGGCAGCAGUCUUAGCAGUGAGUGCGGCCGAGGAAGAAGACUACUACAAGCUGUUAGGUGUCAAGCGCACGGCCACUGAACGGGAGAUCAAGAAGGCGUUCCGCAAGCUGGCCCUCAAGUACCACCCGGACAAGAACAAGGAGCCAGGCGCCGAGGAGAAGUUCAAGAAUAUUGCGCAGGCUUACGAGGUCCUGUCAGACGCCGAGAAGCGCAAGAAGUACGACCAGUUUGGCAGCUCCGCCUUCAAGCAAGGCGGUGACGGGGGCGGCAGGUCGCAGUUCCAUGACUUCGACAUGCACGACUUCUUCCGUCACUUCGAUGACGCCUUCAACUUCCACCAGCAGCAGCACGGCCGAGCACAUUUCCACCAUGGCCAUCCCGACUUUGGUCAGCAAAAGCCACACCAACACCAUCACCACGGAGGCCAACGCUCAUUCUUUGGCAAUGCAUUCAACAUGGAGGACCUGUUUUCUGACUACGACGAUGAGCGCGAGGACUGGAUGGGAGGUGGCGGUGGCGGACCCUUUGGAGAAGUCUUUGGCUCGGGUGAAUCCUUUGCACGGUCGCACUUCUCGCGUCACGCGCAGAAUCACCGUGCCAACAUGUUUCACCAGCAUAGUGAUGGGCAAGGUCAUUGCAAGACCGUCACGCAGAGAGUCGGCAACAUGGUGACAACUUAUACUCAGUGCUCCUAGGAAACAAAGAAGCUUCGAGUGCGGGUCUCCCUGCGUGGAGUGAAAACUGUAACUGUAAAUUCAAGGUGCUCAGGUUGUGCUUGUAAAAAGCAGACUAACUGGAGCACCGUGCUCUGAUCUGUGAUGUUUGGGUGCGAGCCCACAGUUUUCUGCAGCCUGCUGCAGUCCGGUUAAGGAUGUGUUGUUGUUUUAUAUUGUGUACAUACUCAAGUCUCUCCUUACAAUUUUUUUUUUUUUUUUUCCCCGGUUAGUAAAUUGUGUGCCUAUCGGAGGUUGUGACUGGCUGAAGUAGACCUAGAAGCUUUGUAGCCAAGAAAUUUGUACAGUGUGUGAAAAAUGUAAGAACUGAAACUUUUUGUGAAUGCAAGCACAGGCAAUCAACCUGUGCCACAUCAACAAAUAGUAUUGAGAAGACUACACAGCCUUUCUAUACUAAAAUACUUCAGCCAUUGGGAGGGAUAAAAAAAAUAAUCUGGCACUGAGCUGGAAGUAGCUAAUGGAAAAUGGCUGCCAAAUAUAAUGACAUUUCUGUGCCGCCAUAUACGUGCACAUUGAGCAAGCAAAACUGAUACGUACAUUGUAUACCGGUCAUCUAUUUUAAUUGAAACAAGCUUAUUAAAGAUUUCCUGUAGUAGAUUCUGUCACAUCACCUGGAUUACUUCGACAGGCAGGCACUACUCGUUAGGCAAACUGCAGGGUGAUGCAGGGCAAAUUAAUGGAUUUUCACAGUGUUGUGACUCGGUGAGAAAAGUUUGUAAACUGUUUUACCCAAUGUGAGAAGCAUUUAUAGCCAUAACACAAGUCUGAUAAACCGUCACUUGCUGUACCGGUUUCAUUUCUGCGACUCCACAUCAUGUCUGGAGAGGCACUAGGUAAUCACAAGAACGUGAUUUAUUAUUGGAUAUGGCUGUGGGUACGGCAAGGAUUGGCCAGUGUUUUUCAUCACAUAUUACUUGCAACUGCAUGUAGUCUAAAGACAAGUGUUGCAGUGUGGCCACUGCAUGUAGUUUGCACAGUGUUUAAGCUCAACAUAAAUAUGAACCACAUCACAUUAGCAUCACAGUGACAUGAAGGUGACCGGUAGGGCGCAUGGUGUGAUGGCAACCCAAACUAUGCCAGAGACAAUCGUGCCAGUGAAAGCUGCUUUGUUUUUUUUGGUUUUAUUUUGCCUGCUCCUGCAUGUUUGGUGUUGCAUGAGCAGUGCUGUAUUUUUUUUUUUACUCUAGGGCUGUAUUUUAUAACGAUCCACUUCAUUUUACGUUGUUUUGCGGAUGUUAUGCGGAUGCUGACAUUAUCACUGGCAUUGACCACUCAGCACAACACGUUACAAGAUAAGAAUGGAGGACGAAAUGGAGUGUUGCAUACUACGAGUCCUGUAUUCUCUUUUGCCCAAGAGAAGGUAGUCCAUGAUAUAUAUUGUCAAAGUAAGUUUGUUUUGCUAUGUUGCCCAAAUUUAUUGGAUUCUUUACAGAUGCAGGUUCUUAAGUAUUAUUUAUUUAUUUAUGCCAGAUGGCUUUUGAAUGCUUUUUUUGUCAUCUUGGGGAUGGGGUGUGGCAGCAGGUGUUUGUGGAGGCACUUCUUUGUCUGCUUUUUUUUUGUAUGUAUGUUUAGAAAGUGUUAUACACUCCACGACAGCUCUGUAUAGUUACCAUUCAUUGUAGAUAUUUGUACAUAGCCUUAGAUUUUUAAAAACUCUCUGAACUGCACAGUAGUGCCCUCUUGGCCCAAAAUAUUGAACCAUGUUUUGAUGCUGGUUGCAUUGCUACUAGACCAAAAAAGAAAGAUGUUUAGCCAAAUGAAUGAAGGCAUUUUGGAAUUGUCAUCUGUUUGACAAAGUUCAGAGGUUCAUUAGUAAGUGGGCUUUCGUGUUGAAAGGUUUUUUACUACAUGACCAUAGUUAGUUGUGGAGACAGUCGAUUUUACUGUGCAACUGCUGGUGUUUCAAUGACAUCUUGCCAGGCUUUAUUAGCUUUUGAACACUGCAUUCAGUACAUGCGAUGCUCAGACUUGAUACAACAGGCCAGUUUCACCACUGGUAUCAUCAGUAGCUGCAUUAGAAUGGUGGCAGAAUUUUUUUUUUUUUGUAAUGUGGACUGAGGCUUCAGUGCAUAUCGAAGACCUCCAUGUAGUAAAGAAUAAAAUUAGCCGGUGAGGUCAACAGCUUAUCUAGUCUUGGCACUCAUGGUGACUGUCAUGACUCUAAGUACAGUGGCAAGGUGUUCGAAAUGGGUGGUGCCAUGACAUUUACUAAGGCCGCUUGCUUGGGCUACUAUUGUGGUGAGAUUGGCCUGUGUUCAGUCGAGCACCUCUAAAUUUGUGCAAAGAUUUUAGAGCAAAUAUUUUGUGCUUUGUACAGCAAUCACUAGUGAACGAAAGUAGUCUAUUGUAUCUCAGAGGUCCCUGUAUGCCAAGCAAUAUAGUAAAAUCAAAAGGACAACUUCAAUAGCAUUUUUCAAUACCGGAGCAUUUAUUCUGCCACAGUGUGCAACUUCGAAUCAUAGUUUUACACAAUGUACAAAUUCUGAAUUCGGUAACCAAAUGCAACGAGCCUUUAAGAGCAGUGCUUUCAGUACUGUAUAGUGUGUACUAUGCUUUACUGUGCUUGUUGUGCAUUGCUGUAUUUCUCAAGUUUCUUGGAUUGUAAAGACAAUACUACCAACUGUGCAGUGUAUGGAAAUUGUUGGCACCUGCUGUUAAACUCGAAAUGGCAGCAAUAAAAUGUUUAUGGCUCGUU